AUGAGGAAGAGCCAGCAGGUUACAGGUUCAGAGUACCAACCAGUUGAGAAGAGCAAAGACAAAACAAUACUUACCAGAAGGGUCCUACCGUUGAUCCACAGUGCCCAGUCCAGGAAGAGCUCAGGAGGGUUCCAGUACCUGAAAGGGAAGAGAUACAGCUACAAACACCUGCAGGACAUUCUCAAGCACCUUUUGUUGUUUUUCUCUGCAGGCGACUCCCGAACAUUUGACCCUAAUUUUAAAGGGCUCAUUCACGACAGGAGCUGUACUGAUGUUCUUUGCUGUCUGCUUUUCACUCUGGCCAUGCUGAGUUAUUUGGCAGUUGGAUAUCUGGCCUGGACUCAGGGGGACCUGCGGAAGGUGAUUUACCCCACAGACAGUAGGGGGCAGUUCUGUGGUCAGAAGGGAACCCCACUGGAGAAGAAGCCCUUGCUGUUUUAUGUUAAUGGUCUGAAGUGUGUCAGUCUGCAGGUGUUGCUGGAGUUUCAGUGUCCCACCACACAGAUUUGUGUGGAGAAAUGUCCAGAGCGGUCGCUGACGCUGUUGAAUGCUAAACUGAGAGAAGAGGACAUGCAGUACUACUCACAGUUCUGUAAGAAGGGAGUGAACACUAAACUGGCGGCUCUUGAACUUGCAAAAGAUGAAAUGUGUCCGGUGGUGAUCAUUCGCAGCGAGCCUAUUAUGCACAGGUGUCUCCCAACCCUGCAGAAGACAGAAAGUGACACAGUUGUCAUUGGUGAUAACACUACUGUCAACGCCAACUUAAAUGCCACAAGCAAGAAGUCCGACAUCAUUGUAAAAGCUCAGCAGGUGGCCAUGAGGAUCUUUCAGGAUUACACAAAGUGCUGGCGCUGGAUCCUGCUUGGAUUAGUAAUUGCCAUGGUGCUCAGCAUGGUCUUCAUUGUUCUUCUGCGUUUUCUGGCUGGGGUCAUAAUCUGGGUGAUAAUCAUCUCGGUCAUCCUCGUUAUUGGUUAUGGUACCUUCCACUGUUAUAUGCAGUACGUAGCUCUGAAAGGCCAAGCUGGAUCAGAUGUUACCUUAAAGGAUCUCGGGCUGCAGACAGAUUUCUUCAUCUACCUGCAGAUCCAGCAGACCUGGCUGGCCUUCACAAUUAUCCUGGGUAUCGAGGAGCUGGUGAUCCUUCUCAUCCUCAUCUUCCUCAGAAAGAGAAUCGUCAUCGCCAUCGCUCUCAUUAAAGAGGCCAGCAGAGUACUGACUCAUAUGAUGUCAUCGCUGUUGUACCCUCUGCUGACCUUUGCCCUCGUGUCUCUGGUGAUUGCGUACUGGGCCGUCAUCGCUGCCUUCCUGUCCACCUCCAAUCAGCCGAUCUAUAAAGUUUUCAACACCACAGAGUGUGAAUACUCUGGACAGACCUGCAACCCUCAGAACUUCAACAGCUCCAACAUCUCCGCACAGUGUCCGGAUGCGGAAUGUCUGUUUGCGUUCUAUGGUGGAGAGACGUUCCUCCAUAAGUACCUGAUCGUGUUCCAGUUCUAUAACCUGUUCAUGUUCUUCUGGUGUGUGAACUUUGUGACGGCGCUGGGUCAGGUGACCCUAGCCGGGGCCUUUGCCUCCUACUACUGGGCCUUCAACAAAACGGCUGACAUCCCGACAUUCCCCAUCUUCUCCUCACUCGGACGGGCCCUCAGGUAUCAUACAGGCUCCUUGGCCUUCGGUUCUCUGAUCCUCUCCAUCAUUCAGGUGAUCAGGGUGAUCCUGGAGUAUCUUGAGAAGAAACUGAAAAUUGCUGAAAACAAAGCUGCUAGGUUCAUCCUGGGGUGCCUGAAGUGCUGCUUCUGGUGUUUGGAGAAAUGCAUCAAGUUCCUCAACAGAAACGCCUACAUCAUGGUCGCCAUUUAUGGUAAAAACUUCUGCACAUCUGCUAAGGACGCUUUCUUCCUCCUGAUGAGGAACAUUGUCCGAGUGUUUGUGCUGGACAAAGUGACGGACUUCCUGUUGUUUCUGGGAAAGCUGCUGAUAGUGGGGAUUGUGGGAGUCUGCUCUUUCUUCUUCUUCUCAGGGAAGAUAAAGGUUGUGGAGGAAGAGGCACGGUCACUAAACUACUAUUGGGUUCCCAUUGUGACGGUGAUGUUUGGCACCUACCUCAUCGCCCAUGGCUUCUUCAGCAUCUACGCCAUGUGUGUGGACACUCUGUUCCUGUGCUUCUUGGAGGAUCUGGAGCGCAAUGAUGGAUCUGCAGAGAGGCCGUACUUCAUGUCCAAGAGUCUCCAGAAGAUACUUAAUAAAAAAAACAAGGUUAUGAGCGAAUAAACCUUCAGAGAGAAGAGACAAAGGAGAAAAACAGGAGGAGAAAGUGGGAGAACCCAG